GGCGGGUGUUGAGUGAGUUCACUAUCUAUCUAAUAGUGUGCGCUUCCGGUUUCAGUUUCUUGGGCGUUUUUUAAAAACUUUCUUUUUUUUAAGUGGAGAAUCUUUAAAUUGGUCGCCAUGUCGAACAAUAACGCCACCAGCACGAGCCUGGCCGUCGCUCACAAGGCUGUGAAGCAGCUGCGGCUCGAGGCCAGUGUCCGCCGAAUCCACGUUUCCCAGGCAGCUGCAGAUCUGAAGAAUUUCUGCCUCCAGAAUGCUCAUAAAGACCCUCUGCUGAUGGGCGUCCCGUCUGGAGAUAACCCUUUCCGCCCUCCCAAAUCAUGUGGCCUGCUCUGAGGUACACUGCCUGCUGCAGUGCACUGUGUGGACUGUGAUGGUCAUCCAAAAAGACUUCAUGGAGCAACACACACCCACACACACACACACACACACUAUACUACAGUGUUAUGAGAGCUCUUCUUGCUGGAUGUCUCGCCCUACACUGUGCAUGACCUCUAAACUGCAGUAUCGUAUUCUCACUAAACCAGUCCUGACUGAACGGCCCACUUCCUGCCUUCUCAGCGCUUUAGAGGCGAUUGACGACCGAUUCAAAAGAACGAAUUAUUUCUUUUAUACAAGGCAGAAAACUGUUAUGGAAAAAGAAACCUUUGAGGUUUAAAAUUGCUGUAAAUGCUGAGAGAUGAAGUGAAUCGUUCAGAGCAGGAUUGUACUGUUACCUUUAUCUUUUUCCUUUAUUUUUUUUUGGGAGUUAAUAUUGACACUUCUCACUGUAUUGAUACAGAAUCCCUUCACACACUUGCUUUAGGUACUGUAAUUCCAAGACUACAGCUAGCUCUGGAGAUUGAUGUUCUUUCUGCUUGGAGAAACAAAGUUCUGCAUACUUCUACAUAUCUGUCGCUAUGCCACGUGUUAGCAGAACAUCGUCUGAUUGGCGUAGUGUGACGCUUGUCCUGAUACUACAGUGUUGCAUUGCUGAUGUCAGGUGUGUGAAAUCAUGAAGCCUUCAUUCAAUCAUGAAGCCUUCAUCAUAAAGUCGUUUGAUCAUUAAGAACGUUACUAUAACAUACUAUAAAUGUUUCUGUUAUUAGACUUUUAAUGCGUAGAACACUGACUGAUGCCUCCGUAAAUCACUGGAGUAUCGCGUCUACCGUAAUUACACUAACACUAAACCAAGCUUAAAUCUAGAAACCUUAAAAGUUUCUCUGCAGAAAUGCUUAAAAAUUCAGUGUUUCCUGAUUAUGUAAAGGGGCUACAACGUUCCUAACCAUAACUCAUCUGGAGAACCCGAGAGAAAGAACUUUAUUUUUCUAAGAGUGUUAGAAAUGGACGCCUUAGAAUGAGCGUCUCCAUCGUGGAAGCCGCGGAAACCGGCCUCAUGGAAGCUUUUCCACUUUUUUCUUAAACUUCACCUUCUAGCAUUGAUAUGAAGAAGGUUCUAUAUUAGACGAAUGAUGGGAGAGGUUUCUAACACUAGGGUGUAGAUUUAUCAAAAUGAUCCUUUACUAAUUUAUUCGCAAUCGAUUUACAUUAAAAAGAUUGAAUAAUGUUGGUCUACUGAUUCGUAUUAGUAUUAUUCUCCACACUUUAUGCUCUUCAUCAUUAAACCGAGGUUUUUAGCCCUAAAAACACAUUACUGACCACAUGUGCAGAUUAUGAUACUGUAUAUGCAUGUGUUUUAUCACACACACAUACACACACUGAUGCUCUGGAUAUGCAAACCACAUAAAUAUUAAUCCUUAAGCUGAAAGGUUUCUAACACUAGAGUGAUAUUAACACUGAAGCAUAAACGCUCUGAUUUUUCUUGUGUUUUGGGUGAAACUUUAUUUCUAAUUUAGGGGAAAAUCAGUCUGUCUGUGUUUCCACAUUCACUAAAGUAUGAAAACGAAACACUAAUCCAUUCAUCACUCUUCAUUCUGAUGUAGUGCUUUUCUUUAUUGUUGUUUGUUAUUAGUGAGACUGUUGAAUUGAAUCUGCGUGCCUUACGUUGUCUUUGUAAAUUUUUCAAUAAAUCUACACACUUUACCUCUGA